UCUCUUUAUUUUAGCGAGUUAAAAGUGGGGGCAUAUAAAUUUGUGACUGAAUAGAUUUACGCUCAGUUUCUCGAGUCCCAAUCAAACCUAAUAGCCCUUGCUGAUUUUAAAUGAUGAGAGGGGUCUGGGAACUACCUUUUUUUACCGGUGCGAAUCUAGUUGCUGACAUGCGGUUUUGUGAGGUUAGUAUAAGUCACAACAGUAGUAUAAGCACAAUGUACGCAGUAUUCUUUUGAUAAAUCUCUAAUUGAUUGUGCAAAAGAAACGCUGGGAAUCUUAACUCGAAGGAUGGGCUAUUUUUUAUGAAAAAUUCAGCAUAUUUCAAAACUGUUAGAGGCUUGUUCACAUGGAACGUGUACACCUCUUAUCUUGAAAGUCUUGUGCUUCGGUUAACUGAUGACUUAGGGAACAUUUAAAUUUAACAUGUGAUGCCGUAAGUGUUUUAGCUAGUGGUAGUAGGGCCGUAAUGAAGUAGGGACGACCACGAGCGAACGAAGAUCUCGAAGCGAAAAUUAUAUCGAGUGAGAUCGAAUGCUUAGUUCCCUCCUGUUUACGGUGUUUGUGGCCGAAGGCGAAACUCGUGGAAAGUUCGGACACCUGGUGAGCCAAACGGGCUCCAGGUGCCUGUUUCUUAAACCACAAGCAUCAUGGGAAGGAAGAAGAGGAAGAACAUUUUGGUCUUGUAUGUCCAGACUUGUGACAAUUUUAACAGAGCCUGGACUGUUUAGAGGAGAGAGGCUUGAGGGCAUCAUUUGUAAUUGGAAUGGACUGUUUCCCAGGCCUGAUAGACUUCUCCUACUUCAAAUGAAGGAGAGGCUGCAAAAUAGUUGUGUCUACUGCAAGUCCCAAAGCAUUGUCUGCAUGGGAUGCUCCACAGUGGACAAGACACGCUCCCUUUUCAACUUAUAAAGCUGAAAGAAGCUGAAGCAAGAAAAUUUUCUCACAAUCAUGUUCAGACAGAGACUACUUCAAGGUGUUCACCUGGUCAGUGAUUUGAUGUAUAUGAACAUGCAACUAGCAAUAUUGGUGAUUGUUGUGAACGUCACUUUUAAGGCUUUCAAGCUCUUUAACUUCCAGUGGAGUAUUCUCUCAAGGCAUGGUAGCAAAUCCUGCAAUCUGAGUGGCUUUAAGUGUGGUACAAAUUUUCUUUGCCCAUGGCACGGUAAGCUUUCAUGAGGCAAUGAGAAUAUCCCAAGCUCCAUUGCCAUUUUUCAUAAAUAUGUUUUGUUUUGCCCACUGGGCAAUAUUUCCAAGUAAAGUAUUUUAAAGGAAAUCAAGCCAAUUCAUAACUUAUUAAUUUUUUCUUUUCUCUCUCUGGAAUCACUUUAGUUGCUAACAAAAAUAUAGUUAGAAUCGAAUUUGUAGUAGCAAAUGUGUCAUAUUAAAUGGGUUAACACACAGCCUAUAAACAGUAUUAAGUAACUUUAAUCUUUCACAAAAAGUCACCGAGGAAGUUAAAACUGUGAGAUAUUUGUUUACAAUUGAAUCAAGCAAUGGAACAUUCGUUCAUUUAAUAUCUGAAUUUUCUCGCACUAUUUUU